AUGACGGGGCCGGCUGAUCUUGUACAGUUCAUGGUCAUGACAGUCGUGGUAGGAAUCGCGGACGAAAUAGGCGGAAAGUACAAAUGCUCUUCCCCGCAAUCUCUCAAAGCGACGUUCAAUUAG